AGGUGACUUUGGUGUAAAAAAGGAAGGAAGGAAACUUCUACAGCACAUGCGACCAGUGUUCUGUAUUUUUUCAAGAUCACUGACUGCCCUAAAUCAGGAAAUGCUUUUUAAGCCUGCGAGCACAGAUUCACUGCGAUGCGCUCGUGCGGUUUCAGCCGCUCUGUUAUGGACGUUUGCGCUGUUGGUUGUGUUGAUAAAUAUCGAGAGAGUUGAUGAGUCGUUUUUAGAAAGAACGAAUGAUUCUAUUGAGCAGGAUGAAAAUCUAGUUGUUUCAACAGUGACUUGAACGUUAAAAGGUUUAAAAGGCAAUCAUACAUCUUUAAUCAUGUCAAGAACGAAACAAACACCGAAAACUGACGAGGAGUUCACCUUCGUGAGUUCGGUGGUGAAAUAUUUACUUUUCUUCUUCAACAUGAUAUUCUGGAUAAUUGCUCUGGUCCUGAUAUCUAUUGGCAUUUAUUCCAGGAUAGUAAAACAUGAGACAGCCCUUGCCUGUUUGACUGUGGAUCCUGCUCUGUUACUGAUGAUAGUGGGGAUUCUGAUGUUCCUCAUAACGUUCUGUGGCUGUGUGGGUUCCCUCAGGGAAAACAUCUGUUUACUGCAGACGUUCUGCAUCUGCUUGACUGUACUCUUUCUGCUGCAGCUAGCGGCUGGUGUUCUGGGUUUUGUCUUCUCAGACAAGGCACGUGGCAAGGUAACAGAAAUGGUUAACAGUGCAAUCAAACAUUACAGAGAUGACCAAGACCUGCAGAACCUAAUUGACUUUGGACAAACACAGUUCAACUGUUGUGGGGGGAUCUCUUACAUAGACUGGUCUCAGAACAUGUACUUCAAUUGUUCUAAAGAGAACCCCAGUAGGGAGCGUUGCUCUGUUCCCUUCUCCUGCUGUCUGCUUUCCAAAGAGGCUAUUAUAAAUACCAUGUGUGGUCAAGGGAUGCAGGAGAUGGAAUACCUUGCAGCCAGUGCUUUCAUCCAUACCAAUGGGUGCAUUGAUAAAGUGGUCAACUGGAUUCACAGUAACCUGUUUCUGUUGGGAGGCAUUGCACUGGGCCUGGCCAUCCCACAGCUGGUUGGAAUCCUGCUCUCUCAAAUUCUGAUUAAUCAAAUCCAGGAUCAGAUUAAAUUACAAAAUUACAACCUACAGCAUCGUUCAGACCCCUGGAACUGAAUACACUGUACUAUAGUUUCUGUCUCUGAAACGCACCUUUGUAGACAACUCAGCUUGAGUUUGAUUGUCAUCCAACCUGAUCUCAUGAAAAUUCAUACAUAUUAAUACAUAUUUUAUCGUGUGAUUUUGUACGAUUUCGUUCAUAUAAAUUUGUACGAUUUCAUAACGUGCAAAUGCCCGGAUGUCCAGCCGCGGCCCGUGCAUUUUAAGUCUAGGUCUUCAGUGCGAUUCAUGUCAUUAAGAAAACACAGUUUCACAAUGAAUAAGAUGCCAUAUACCCAUCAUAUAUUACGUGGCAGUCAACUAAUGAUACCAAUUGACAUUUCAAAAACAUGCAGAACAUCUUAGGUUUUUAAAUCCAUAAGGAUAUCUUUUUCAGUGGUGAUGUGACAGCCGACUGGUCAGCAAGCUCUCGCGCUCUUCGCUUUCAAAUUACGUACAUCACUUAAAGCGUGAUUGCGUUACUCAAGGCCAGCUAGAAGGCCUCGACUGGGACAUAUUCUAAAGACCACACCCACAAGAACAAAUAAAUCAAUCUGAUUGGCUGAUGAAUCUGACAAUCUGACUUUAGAUGCCCAUUCACUGCAGUGUUGAAGGAUUCUGUGGAAAUUCUGAAGGCCUGACAGGGUGGAGCUCAAACUCACGCACUGAUUCGGCAUGGUUUCGGGCAUCCGAUUUGUGAAACAGUUGUCACACUUUGCUUGUAAGCAUCGAGGAAUAAAUUCUGAUUGGAUCAUUUUUUUUGUUUUUUGCUAUUCAUUUGUAGAUUAAAUAGGAGUGGAAAGCGAUUGAAAAUACAUUGGCAAAAAGGUUAAUGAGAAUAUGAAUAUAUAAAAAUAUUUAUUUAUUAGGCAUGUUAUGCCAGCAGAGAAGACUUUGAUGGCCCUGAGAAAUCGCCACUGCAGAUGUCUAAUGUGGAGGUAAGCGCGAUUUCCACGCACGAGGCGUUAAGGACAUGCUUAUUAAUAUUAUGCCCUUACCCAAACCCCUUAUCUAAACGUAACCGAUCAGUAGAGUGUGUAAACGUGAUAGGAAGCUGUUGUGUGUGACAGGAGCAAGUAAUUGUCGCAUAUUAGAUGUAAAUUAUGUCCAGCGUCGUCAUUGGCUGUAGUGAAAGUCGUACAAAUUCAUAUGAGUGCAGUCCUAAGAUAUCAUACAAAUUAGCCAAAUUUAGAAAAGUUGUACGCAUCCUGACGAUUUUGCCGUGAGAGUGUGUUGUUGUCAUCAGCAUGGGAACGUAUUGCUGCCUGAAGUGACUGACACGGAUCAGAUUUUUGAAAGAGGAGAACAAGGCUUAAGAACAAGCAUUCGAGUCAUGUUUUGAGAUGUGCAAUAAGGCCAUCUCAACAAGUGAUGUACUAUUUCUUAUGAACCAGAUUAUUUGUAUGAAAUGUGUGAGACAUUCUUAAGAUCUAUAGGUCAAUAAAACUAUUUGUCACGGUU